AUGCCGAACCCAAUUGAGAUCGUGGGGACCAUCAUUAGCAUCUUCGUGUUGACAAUUCUCAUCAAAUGGCGACUUGAUCCGCUAUACUCCAUCCCAACCAUUGGACCAUCUUUUCCUCUCCUCUCAUACCUUGGUGCCUACCGGUACUGUAAGAAUGCCCGCGAGGUCCUCCAAGAAGGUUAUGCGAAGUACAAGGUCUUCAGAGUUGCUGUGCUCGACCAAUGGAUCGUUAUCGUCAGUGGCACCACCCUGAAUGAGGAGCUAGCCAAAUUUCCGGACUCGCAUGCGAGUUUCUACAAGGCGGCUGAAGAGCUUGUCCAGAUACGAUACACCCUAUCAGAGUGUCUCGUUGACCACCCAGUUCAUAUACCCACCAUCCGCGGCGCCCUGACGAGGAAUCUGGGCGUCGUGUUUGGCGAAGUCACGGACGAAAUCAAUGCAGCAUUUGCUGACGCCGUCGGAAGCAAGCUGCAGGGUGACGAUUGGAUCAGUGUCAACGUGCCACGGACCAUGGCAGUGAUCAUCUCACGCGCGAGCAACCGCGUCUUCGUCGGUCUUCCCCUAUGCCGGGAUGAAGGUUAUCUGCAGAUCGUCCGCCAAUUCGCCCUCGACUUCUCGAGGGCAUACUUCUUGCUCACUUGGGUUCCGAGAUUCAUGAAAGGGAUUGUCGGGCCGUUGAUUCCAUGGCCACGCCGAACUGCGCGGAAUGCGUCCGUGUUCCUCAGGCCCAUGAUCGAGGAGCGUCAGCGAAAGCUGAAGGAAAUGGGUGACGAGUGGAACGACAAGCCUAAUGACUUCAUGAUGUGGAUUAUUGACGAAGCCAUCCGACAAGGCGAGCCUACCCAGGUGAUAAUCGAGGCUCUCCUGGUCUCAAACGUUGCUGCCAUACACACGUCCAGCAGUAGCAUCACACAGGCACUCUACCACCUCGCAGAAUCUCCCGAGUGCGCUGAAUUGCUGCGCGAGGAAGCCAAGAGCGCGGUGGGGGAGCACGGCUGGACCAAGGUCGCGAUGAGCAAGAUGUGGAAGCUCGACAGCUUCAUGCGCGAGUCGCAGCGGUUUAACGGCACUGCGCACGUUUCCGUCUUGCGGAAGACACUGCAAGACAUAACGUUCUCCGACGGUACAUUAAUCCCGGCCAACACGCUGAUCGCGAGUGCGUCGACCGCGACGCACCGCGAUGCGCGCAACUACGAGAACCCGGACGUGUUCGAUCCGUUCCGCUUCGCAGACAUGCGCACGGAAGAUGGUGCGGGCAUCAAACACCAGUACGUCAGCACCUCGCCGGAGUACGUGGCAUUUGGGCAUGGAAAGCACGCCUGCCCGGGACGUUUCUUCGCCGUGAACGAACUGAAAGUCAUGAUGACAUACAUCGUGCUCAAUUAUGACCUCAAGUUCGAAGGCGAACAGCGGAGGCCGGAGAACCUGUCGCGCUGGCAUAAUAUCGUGCCUGUGCAUAAGAAUGUACUAUUCCGGAAACGACAGGUCGUGGCUUAAUGGGUACGACACUGUUGACUCCGUACAUUCACUACCGCAGAAUAUUGAGUGAGCUUUGAGAUGUUGUUUUCACUGGGGUCAUCAAUCUACGUAGAUACACGUAAACUCGUACAUGAUGAGUAAUAACACGCGAUUCUCCAGUCC